CGCGAGCUAUCUGGCGAGGCCGCGACCCUGAGCUCAAUACAUAUAUAUACGUACGAGGCGCGUGGACGGCACUGCGCCGUUCUGCGUGGCUCUGCGCGAAGUUCUCCCAUAGUGGUGGUGCGUAAGAACGCGCUGAGAGGACGCAGACGGAGAUAACUACCGCGAGAGUACAGCGGAGCGGACGCACGUCGGCCAAAGCGAGAAUCGUGCGGACGCGUGGUGGGAAAAGCGAACGAGAAGGAGAGAGAGAGAGAGUGGUCGCGCCGAGAGAGAUUAUAUGUCCCGCGAGAAAAGGUAGAAAAACAAGGACAGAGAAACGGACGACGGCUAGCAGGAAGAGUGCGCGCUAUCGCAGACGAGGAUCCGCGAAAGGUCGUGGGUUCAUGAUCGUUCCGUUGUUGGAAGAAUGACGGCGUGACUGACGCGACAGUAUCAGACAACGACGACGACCGGACUAGCGGCUUUUAACAAGCUCCGUAAAGUUAUUGUAAUCCGCGUUGGGAUACCGCGCCUCGUAAUAAAAAAAAAAAAGAAGGAGACGUGAGUGUCCUUUGUGUGACAGUUACAUAUAUUACUUACUCGAUUACACGUUUCGUGUUUGAGUUCGACGAGUAGCUCUCGCAUCAAGAUGCCUCUCUUCGGAAAGAAAGACGCUUACAAAAAGAUCAAGAAGGACGGCAAGGACGACCGAUCGCCUUCCGUCGAGGACAAGUACAUAUUGAAGGAUCUACUGGGAACGGGAGCAUUCUCCGAAGUGAGAUUGGCAGAGAGCAAGGAGAAGCCUGGUCAAAUGUUUGCCGUAAAGAUCAUCGAUAAGAAGGCGCUAAAAGGAAAAGAGGAUUCGUUAGAAAACGAAAUCAAAGUCCUCCGGAGGUUCAGUGAAAGUGCGACACCACAGAGUGGAUCGCUCAAGUCGGAUAGUAGUGGCGAGAAGAGAUGGCUAACUCACCCCAAUAUUGUCCAAUUGCUAGAGACAUUUGAAGAUAAGCACAAGGUGUACUUAGUUAUGGAGUUAGUUACCGGUGGAGAGUUGUUCGACAGAAUAGUCGAGAAAGGCUCAUAUACAGAGAAGGAUGCGUCCGGCUUAAUAAGACAGGUGCUCGAGGCGGUCGGCUACAUGCACGACCAAGGUGUUGUCCAUAGGGAUCUGAAACCGGAGAAUCUGUUGUACUACAGUCCAGAUGAGGACAGCAAAAUUAUGAUCAGCGACUUUGGCCUAUCGAAGAUGGAAGAUUCCGGAAUCAUGGCAACCGCCUGCGGCACCCCGGGAUAUGUCGCGCCCGAAGUUCUGGCGCAGAAACCGUACGGCAAAGCGGUGGACGUUUGGAGCAUAGGAGUCAUUUCAUACAUUCUCUUGUGCGGAUAUCCGCCAUUCUAUGAUGAAAGUGACGCCAAUCUCUUUGCACAAAUUUUGAAAGGUGAAUUUGAAUUCGAUUCACCGUACUGGGACGAUAUCAGUGAUUCCGCGAAGGAUUUUAUUCGCAAAUUGAUGUGCGUCAAUGUGGAAGAGCGCUACACGUGCAAACAGGCCCUCGCACAUCCAUGGAUUUCCGGCAACGCGGCUAGCAAUAAGAACAUUCACGGCGCCGUAGGAAUGUCUCCCACUUGUGUCAUGGUUGCAGCAAGCGUACCAUGCAGCGACGGUAAUACGACAGAUGCAACGACUGGCGCUAAACAGCGGCCAGCAGCAACAGCAACAGGAGGGUACAGGCAUGACCGGCCCCUCCAGCGACAACCCCACGGUACGAGAACGAUCGCAAAUCAGCUACAAUCAGCACACUGCGCCAAUGGAGCCGUCGACACUCUCCAGCAAUCUCAGCAGCAGCAAUUGAAGCAGGCGCACGAGCAACAGACAACUCCGUUGCUCACCGUGUCGAGUCUGAUGGUUACGAAUCUCACCUCACACUCCAUUCCAAUCACCUCUGCCGAUCACUCGCCUCUAUGUAUGCGCAACAAACGCUUCAUGUCGUGGGGCAACACACGCACCGCUCUGUCCACUCUUUUUCGGGACAAUGUGUCGCAACUUAGAAAGCAACGGAAACACAAGAAAAGCUGAAAUAUCGCGCAAAAGAGAAAAAAUUAAAAAAAAAAAAAACAAAAAAAAACAAAAAAACAAUUACGUACGUAUCUCGUGUGACGCGCGGUGUAAUCGUCGCUUUUGAGCUAACAGAAGCAACGAGAAUAAAUUAAAGCCAAUUUGUGUCGAUAACACGAAUGUAACAUGUACACAAACAUCAUACACAAAAAACCGGUUACUAUUGAAAAGCGUUAAAACUUAAAUUCGCUUUAGCAAAUAUCACAAUAUAACACGUCUCUACGUUUUACAAACAGUUUGGCAAUUACGUUCGUAGACCUUGUUCUUAUAAGUGUACAACGUUUGCUAUGUUGCAACAUACAUAAAAGCAGUAGGUCAAUAUGAAUUUGCAGAAUUAUACGUUUCGCGAGAAUCUGACGGGACGAGAGGCGGCUGCAUCCUAGAAAUAAGACUUGAAAAUUGAUUGCGUGCUGCGAUCAUGUUUUGCGAACUUUGUUAGAUCGACUUUGCUCUAUUAUAAUAUAAAGUAUACAGAGUGUUCUACAAUUAUUAGACAAUAUUUUAACAGCGCGCAUAUUCCACAGUUUAAAUAAAAUUGAAAAGUCCAAUGCAAAAAAUGUCGAAAAGCUGUAAAUACGUUUUAAAAUUGAGAUAAAAAUAGAGGUUUUAAGUUUUGUAAAAAAAAACAAACACAAACCCGAGUAUUUACUUGGUCAUGCCAUACAGAACCAGUCGCACGCAGUCACAUUAUAUGGAUAUGUUAACAAAUUUAUUCUUAAAGAAACACAAAUAACGUUUCGGUAUUUGGAUUAGUUUCAGUUGCAGAUUGCUUCAUAAUGUAACUGGGGAAUUUGCAGAUUGUUAUAAUAUCACAUCGCUGCUUUUUUGUACGGCAAAAUAAUUUAUAUAUGACUAUUCUCAUUGAUUUCUCUUUCUAAAACUCUAACAAUUAGCACACUCGUGCGACGAAAAUGCAGUAAUGUAUAUAUCUUCCGCCUGUAGGUUUUAAUUUUAUUAACCGAUUUUUUGUCUUGUACUUUUCAAUUCCAAUUAUAAAUUGUAGAAUAUGUUAUCAAAAUAUUAUCUAAGUAAUAUUUGUAGGAUACUUUGUACAUACACACACACAUAUAUAUAUAUAUAUAUACUUACAUAUAUCUAUGUAUAAAUAUAUAUAUUGCGCGAACAGAGUACAACGACAAGUUUUUAUAUUUUAUAAAAUUCAGUAUAAUAAGAGAGAGUAGCGCGGCUAUUUGAUACGAUUCUGUGCAACAUAGAGACCUGUACCGUUAGACAAACGAAUACGAUUCCAUAUGCUACGGUUCCUAUUGUAAUUUGAUUUUCUCACUCGCCCUAAUACAUAUACUUCGGAACAAUGGAGAAUACUUCUUCUUUGUUUGCAAAGAGAAGUCGGGGUUUACAGUCUGACUAAUCCAAGCUAAAAUUUUUAUCAAAAGACAAACGCGAACUAUAUGCCGAGAGGUCACUUAGUGCACAGAGCUUAAGAGAUCUGUUGUUUUCUUUUGUUUAUUUUUUUUUUUUUUUAUCUCGACAGUUUUCUUCUUUUGUUUGGUAAAAGAAGAUGCAAAUGCUUAGUCUCAACGGUUGAAUAAUAUCUUAAGUAAUACGUAUUCUGUAUGUAACGUGUGUAUACUCCUCUCUUCUACCCCGUACAUAGUGUGAUAUUAUAUUAAUAUAUAUAUAUAUAUACACACACACACAUAAAUAUAGGGGAUCUUGAAUAGGAUUCGCUGAGCUAGCUUGACAUCUCAAUACGUAUAUACAUAUAUGUAUAUUAUUCUGCUAAUAUCAAUGUAUUGCACCGUUUUAAUUACAAAUUUCUAUAUUAUGUAAGACACAAAACUGUACAUAAAAUGCACAAAUACACAUUUAAAUUCUUACAUAGAUUAUCUCGCGUGCCUGAUUUAAAAAAAUAGAGAUAAUAUCACACAGAAAGAAAUACUUCUGUGCAGUUACUAUUGUAACAAAUAAAUUUAGCAGAGUUAUUGUCAGCUUGAUUUGUUUGAACAAUAAUAGAUAAAUUUGCAUAUCAAGGGCGACCUCACCGAUUUCAAUGACUUAUGUUGUCAAGGACAUGUUUCCGAGUAACAAUCAAAAGGUUUUUUUAACCGUCGCUUGUUCUUCGUUAAAAAGUUAUGGACGAAAACAGUUUCAUUAAUAAACCAUCGAUUCUCAAUUCACUGGAUAUAGUUUACACAUAAUAUAUAAUAUUUUAGACGUAAUACGUCUUAUAUAUAAAUAUUUAGUAUAGAAUAAAUAAAAAACAACUAUAAAAGUUACGAUAAGCUUGGAAAGUGCUCAGGGACGGGUACGUCCCUGUGUGCGCUCUCCCACAUAAACAAAAAUAACAAACCUUGAGAGUGUGGUGAAAGUAUUGCUUAAAAAAUGUAUGCGUGGAAUAUAUAUCCAAGAUAUAUAUUCUGUCUAAGAUAUACACGGUGUCAAAAACCGAUGGUUCAGUUAUGAAAUCUUUUUCGUCUAUAACUUUUUAACGAAGAACGAGCGACGGCUAAAACUUUUUGAUUGUUACUCCGGACGGUCACCUUGACAAUAUAUGUCAAGGUCAUUGAAAUUAGUGACGCCCUUAAUGUGCAGAUUUACCCAAUAAUACAAAUAUAACACAUUAGAUCUUUACAAACUACCGAACAAAAAAGUUUUUAUCCUAAUUUUGAUUGAUUCCUGUAUUUUUUUACAACAAUAACGGUGGUUUAUAAAAACCUAAUGUUGAUGUAUACUAUCGAAAGUUUUUAUUGUUUUCAUAUAUAAAGACAGUAGAUAUAGUUUUUUUAAUACGCUAUGGUUUUUCGUUGUUAUAAAACUUCGUUUUGUAAAAACAAAAAUGAGAUGAGCCCAUCGCUUCCCACGCAAUCAGUGGCUCAUAUGAUAACACAUACAUACACAUACACACAAAAGAUUACUAACGAGUUGAUUGACCUUAACAGUACUGAUCUAACGUGGUGGCAAAAAAUUGAAGAUAAUCUAAAUAAAGAUCAAAACGUUCACAAAAUUUGAUUGCAUACCAACGUUGGACCAAGGGCUAUUAAGGUCAAUUAACUUCUUGAUAUUCUCAGAAGCCUAUAUCGUCACGAAAGAUUACUUUUAACAAUUGGAAUGUGCCAUAUAAUACAUAUAUAGACAUGCUAAGCAGACAAAAGAGCAAAUAACUUGUACGUUAAUGUCGUUUUAAUCAUUUAUAUAAUAUAUACAGACGUAAUAAAGACAACUCGAAACUAGAUCUCUGGAACAUAUUGUUUUAUACGCGGCACGAAUAUUUGAAUUACAAUCAUUUGAAUAACAAGAGAUUACAAUCAUUUUAACAAGAGAUAAGAAAAGAAAGCGAAUUUAAUUAAUCUACGUUGUUUUGUAUCUCGUGCCUUGUCGUUAUUUUUGUUUGAUAUGUCGAAAACGGAAAAGCGGUAAAAAUACUUUUUUAAAAAUAUAUAAUUAUUUUGCCAUAUCACAAGACUGGUAGAAUCGAAAAUGACUUCGUGCGAAAAUUAUAUGUAUGGAUGUACAGUUGCAAUUUUUGAAUGUUGCCCAGUAAAAGCAGUAUGAAGCUUGUAUAAAUUUACGCCUAAAAAAAAAAAAAAAAAAUCAAAACAUUUUCAACGCGUACUCCGUUAGGGAGAAAGAAAUAUGUGAUUGAUCGCUGGACUAAAUAUUUUAGACGAGUUUGGUAAAAACACAUGUGCUGUGAAGCACACGAGAGAGAGAGAGAGAGAGAGAGAGAGAUCGAGUAAUGUAAACUAUUCUUUAAAUCGCUGUUCUUCGCGAUUUUACAUAUCCACAAGUAAAUUUUCAGAGAUCGAUUAGCGACUUUCUGUGUUUCGACGUAGAUAGCUGGAAGUAGAAACAGUUGGAAUAUAUGGCUCUCGUUAAAAAAAAAAUCCGAGUACCUAUGUAACUAAUGAGUAACUAUGUAAAAAAAAAAAAAAUACAUCUAUGUUGAUUGCGCUUUACUGAACAAGCAUAUCCGUUAUUACAAUGUAUAUUCUCUUUCUCUCAGAGUUAUAAACUAUAUUACAUAUGUUAUGUAUAUACAGGGUGUCUGAAACGUUUUGACACACGCCUACAGAAGCGGGAGCUCGUCGCUUUUCAUUGGCUCUCAUAUUAAUUAAUUGAUAUCUUAUUACUAACCAUUGCGAAUUUUGCAAAAUUGUACACGACACUGUUUUGUCCAAAUUGACAUCCAAAUCUAACUUUGCAUACUUUGGCUGUGUCGAAAUUUUAGACACUCUGUAUAUAAUAAUAAUAAUAAUAAUAAUAAUAAUAAUAAUAAUAAUAAUAAUAAUAAUAAUAAUAAUAAUAAUAAUAAUAAUAAUAAUAAUCUUUUGGCAUUGUCACACGUUAGGCAUCCGUCCGUACAGCGGGCACUUCUUGACAUGUAAAGAGGUAUUAUAGUAAAGAAUUACGCCAAGUAAUAUAUACAUCGAGAUACGAUGAUUAUUUUGAGGGUGCGUUGGAGAACAUCGCUCCGUAAUGGAUUUCAUUCGAUGAGCCACAUUUGAAAAGAUUCUAGCGUUUUGACUUUGAGAUUGUUGAUUUCAUUUUUCUAAUUUCAUUUUUCUAGAAAAAAAAGCAAAAAAAAAAAACAAGAACACUUGUAACGUCAUGAAAAUCAUGUUUGCUUCGUAUCAAGUUUCGUGUUCUCAAUCGCAGCCCAGAACUUGAUAACGAUGGACAUUUAAUUCACGGCCGUGGAACAUAUAAAAUCUUUAUCCGAUGUAAUGAAACACACACGUAAAUGAGUAUAUGACAGUUCGAUUAUCGUUACUUAUAUAUACGCUUGGUACCUCGGUACACACACCAACUCACCAAACUGUUAUUGGUGUUUUUUCAUUGUGUAUAAAACUGACUUUUGAAGUGCCUUGGAUGACAUGAUGAUGGUACAUCCACCAUACGUGCCGUUAGUGAGAACUUUAGUGAGUGCUUAUAUAUCGCAGAAACGUGUUCGCAAUAUAUUAGUUGCAUUAUAUAAGAACGAUUCUUUCUUUAUAUAAUGCUCAAGUGUCAAGACGUACUUAUUGAGAAACGUAUUGUACAUAUAACACAGGUGCAACUGAAAAAAAAAAAAAAAAAAAAAAAAAAAAAUAAAAAUAAAAGAUUUGCUUUUUAGUGCUUUUCUCGUUAGUGCGGAUAGAGAAGAGGAUUGCUAAUUUUUUAUUGGGUAAUUUUGCCGUAAUGAACGUUGUUAUCGUAGAAUUGCGUGGCAAAACAAGUUUCCUGCGUUCUUUCGAUUCCGAUGCUAUACAAGUGUAAUCAACAUCAUGUCAUCUAAUAAGAGAGAUUCGAUAGAAAAAACAAAAAAAAAAAAAACAUUCGUUUUACGCUAAAAUAAACGUGCGUUGUGAUGAUGGCUCUGUGCGACAAAAAUUCUAAAAAAAGAAACAACACACACAAAACUAGACGAGAUCUUCUUGGGGAAAAAAAAACCAAAAAAAAAAAAAAAACGGAGCUUUUAGCUUGUACUUCAAAGUACCGUGCCACGUGAACAAACACAUAUCGGCAGGAAUACUGUAAAUGUGAUGUAAAAAUAAGCUGAUCUUAAGUAGCAAAACCAAGAACGAAUUGUUAGUGCAAUCUCAUCAUAUAUAAAAGAAAAAAUAAAUAAAUAAAAAAACACAAAACUCUAAUCCGACUAGAAGCGCAUAGAACAAGAGCGGAAAGAAAAAAAAUAGAACACGAAGUAGAACUGACGCGAUAUGUAGACAACGGUGUCAAAAGUGUCAAAGUUCUUCUCACUGUGAAUCUUUUGGCAUCUGUGUGUGUGUGUGCGCGCGAUAUUAUCACCGAGAACAUAUAUUUCGAUCAUUUCUAUAGAAAAACGUACCGUUUUUAUUAUAUAAUAUCGACGCGGUGCGCGCACGAAUACCAAAUCUUCCUAUACUAUAUAUAUUUUUCUCAUUGUACAAAGCUUGUUGCGAUCGUUACGCUUAAGAAAAACAUACGGAGUUCGUCUCCCAAAAAUACGAUUUUGCCGUCUUAUUGUAAAGAAACUAUCUAUACGAAAAAAAAAAAAAAAAAAAAAA